GCGUAAGUUUAUACAUUAGGCGACUUAUUUUGCCGAGGAUAAGACAUUAACACAGAACAAAACCGCUCAAUCUGGGGGGUGAAAACUGUCAGGUGACGUUAGCUGAGGGAGCCUGAAGGCAGCCCAGUACUUAACUGACGGUAGGUAGUUAGCUAGUGCAUAUGUGUCGUUACUUCUGAAUGAGUAACGAGUAGCUAACCCAAGAUUGAUCCCCUCUGUCUCCACUGCCGCUGAUUGGAUGAGCAUCGCCCACACACUGCCCACUUGUUCAGGUGACAGCCUGAACACGCCGCCUACCCCCGGCUAGAUACUGCUGUCUGUGGGUGACAGCUGACCUGGGCACCGAGCAGCAGCCAGUGUCAACCGCUUAUUAGAAAGCAGCGAGGCUAGGAGACUGCUUUAUUCCUCGAUAGUAAUCCCUGCUCCCUGCAAGGUCAGCUGGAGGUGCCUGGGUGCCUCUUCAAUGCCCGCUCGGACAUUUUAAGACAACACGAAGCUUGACCAAGAAGACAACGGACUCUAAUAGCCUGUCGUUACUCUGUAAAAUCGGACAUUUCGACACAUUUUCCCCAGAGGAGCUCGAUAUCAGCCGAAUGCAAUGACGGAGACGGAGGUUAAACAAGCAACGAAAUAUGUCAAAGAGACCGAAAACGUUGCAGAGAAAUAUUCAGCACUGACUGUUAGCAAAAACAGCGAUAUGAACAUGAACGUGGGGGAAUUGCCCACCGCAGCGUUCACUGCGGUCCCCACUCUCAAAUCCGUCAAGAAGAUCCAAUUUGCUAACACAGAGGACAAACAGGAGUUCAGCAAAUAUCCUACCAAGGCAGGCCGCCGCUCCCUCUCUCGCUCCAUCUCUCAGUCCUCCACAGACAGCUACAGCUCAGCUGCCUCCUACUCUGACAGCUCUGAUGAUGAAACUUCUCCCCGCGACAAAGCCCAGGUCAACACCCAAGGCAGCAGUGACUUCUGUGUUAAGAACAUCAAACAGGCCGAAUUCGGCCGGCGUGAGAUUGAGAUAGCAGAACAAGAUAUGUCUGCCCUGAUCUCGCUGAGAAAGCGAGCCCAGGGGGAGAAGCCACUGGCUGGGGCAAAGAUAGUAGGCUGCACCCACAUCACUGCUCAGACAGCAGUUCUGAUUGAGACGCUGGUUGCCCUGGGGGCCCAGUGUCGCUGGACUGCUUGCAACAUCUAUUCUACUCAGAAUGAGGUGGCGGCUGCUCUUGCUGAGACGGGAAUACCUGUGUUUGCAUGGAAGGGAGAGUCAGAGGAUGACUUCUGGUGGUGCAUUGACCACUGUGUCAACACUGAAGGCUGGCAGCCCAACAUGAUCUUGGAUGACGGGGGAGACUUAACCCACUGGGUGUACAAGAAGUAUCCCAGUGUCUUCAAGAAAGCCCAGGGCAUUGUGGAGGAGAGUGUCACUGGAGUGCACAGAUUGUACCAGUUGUCCAAGGCUGGCAAGCUGUGUGUCCCUGCGAUGAAUGUGAAUGACUCAGUCACCAAGCAGAAAUUUGACAACCUCUACUGCUGCCGUGAAUCCAUCCUAGAUGGCUUGAAGAGGACCACUGAUGUAAUGUUUGGAGGCAAACAAGUUGUUGUGUGUGGUUAUGGAGAGGUGGGGAAAGGCUGCUGCACUGCUCUCAAAGCCCUUGGAGCCAUUGUGUGCAUCACAGAGAUAGACCCCAUCUGUGCCCUGCAGGCAUGCAUGGAUGGCUUCCGAGUGGUCAAACUGAAUGAGGUCAUCCGGCAGAUGGACGUGGUGAUAACUUGCACUGGUAAUAAGAAUGUUGUUACCAGAGAACAGCUGGACCGAAUGAAGAAUGGCUGCAUAGUCUGCAAUAUGGGACAUUCCAAUACCGAGAUUGAUGUGGCGAGUCUGCGCAGCCCUGAGCUCACCUGGGAGCGGGUGCGUUCUCAGGUCGACCACAUCAUCUGGCCCGAUGGCAAGAGAGUUGUCCUACUAGCAGAGGGUCGGCUCCUAAAUCUGAGCUGCUCCACAGUGCCUACGUUUGUACUGUCCAUCACUGCUACAACUCAGGCCCUGGCCUUGAUUGAACUCUUCAAUGCUCCAGAGGGACGUUACAAACAGGAUGUGUAUCUCCUGCCUAAGAAGAUGGAUGAGUAUGUGGCCAGCUUGCACCUACCAAACUUUGAUGCCCACCUGACAGAGUUGUCUGAUGAGCAGGCCAAGUACAUGGGCCUCAACAAAAACGGCCCCUUUAAACCUAACUACUACAGGUAUUAAUGGAAGAGUCUGAUGCUGUGACCCUGAACACACAGCUGCCCGGGGAUAAACAGAGAUAUCUAUUUUAUUUUGUAAAUUCUACAAAAUGGAGGAAUUAUUUUACUUAUGCUGAAUGUAACUUAAUAUUAGAAUUUCAGGCAUUGUGUUAGAUAUGACUCAUAAGAUGAAGACGCAUAUAGGAAACAUAAGAUGUGGCCAAGUGUAACAUUACAUGUCUGUCACUUGUUUUAAAAAAAGCCUGCUGCAUGCUCUCAUCUGUACGUACUCAUUUAGUUGCUGAUGCUUAUGUUGUUAGAUCACAAGCUUGUCGAUUUGUCUGAUCCUAAAUUUACACUCAGUGCCAAAUGAUGGCCAUAAGAUUGAAAGAGGAGAUUGCAUAUAUGUUUUGUCUGUCUAUGGCAUUAAAAUGUAUUAGUACAUUCCAUGAAGCAGGGUUACCCAAAAUGGAUUCUAUAUACUGUAUAAUGAAAUAUUUUAGAAAUGUUUUAACACAUGUUGUUUAAUGUUAUUGAACGGUAUCUGCAUACACACCCCUAAAGGUAACAUCCCAUCAGCCUGAUUAUUACCCUUUAACAAAAUUCUUGGUAGGUGAAUGAUUGGGUCAUUUUAAAAAUAUCUGGCAUAAGAUGUUGGUGAAGAACAACCUCAGGUUGAAUGUCAUAUCAGCAUUGAAGUCUCACCGCCAGCUCUCCCUGAACCUGAACAAAUGUAUGGUAAAUGUUUGGUAACGACUAAUGAAAGUGUUUGGUAUUUUUAGCUAAAGUUAAAGGUAAAAGGCUAUAUGUAUUCCUCAGAACAGGGUGUAGGAGAGGGACGAGGAUGAUGAUUCACAAAAAACCCUCAAAUUCCUAUAAUUCCACUGUCGUUUAAUCCAGUUUUUCCAUUUUCUGCUAGUAAUUCUGGCUGACAUGCGUCAAACUGUAAGACUGUGUAGUCUGGUACACAGUAUUUGGACUGGAUAAUACCUUUAAGGUCAUGGUAUGAAUGUGCCUUCUGAGUCAUUUACUACCAGUAAAUAUCAGUACCUGUAUUUCUUUACUGGACAUUUCGUUUUGUAAUACCGCCGCCCAUUAAAGUGGUUAAUCCACUGUCUUCCUUCCACUGCUUCUGGUACCAGUUGUUAUAUUGAGGCAUAAGCUAUAUGUUGGGGGGAGGAAAACAGACUUCUUGUUUGCCAUAUGAUUAUCAUGAUCUUACUUUGAUCCAACAGGUGCACCCAAAAUAAUUAUAUUUCACAAGUAAUUAAAAUGCAUAUGUGUAUACUAUGUAUGUCAAAGAAUGUAUUAAAUCAGCAAUAAAGUCAACCCUGUUAACAGAGGAAUCCUAACUCUAA